GACGGAACGUGAAGGCAUCGACAGUCACGUGAGAAAUCACACGGAAAGACGGAAGUGCUGCAACCAGCGAAGAGACCAACAACAACCAGAACCAGAACCAGAACCAGAAGAAGAAGAAGAAGAAGAAGAAGAAGAAGAACCAUGACCACAGCGGCUCUCACUGCAGGUCUGGAGCGGAUCCCGGAUCAGCUCGGGUACCUGGUCAUCAGCGAGGACGGAGUUCUGGCUUCUGCAGGUGAGCUGGAGAAUGACGAGCACACGGCAGGUGUGAUGAUGCAGAUGGUCCGAACAGCAAGUCGAUUCAGGUUACCUGGAUCAGCUGAGCCGCCCUUCAAACGCAUGUCAGUGGUCCUUGAGGACUUUGUGUACACGGUGACGGUGUCUGGUCAGAAAGUGUUUGUGGUAAAACGUCAGAACAACCAGCAGGAGCCAAUCAGUGUUUAGAGCCAGGUUCACAGGAAGUGAGGCGGCGAUGAGGUCAGAGGUCGACGCUGGAGUUUAAAUAAAGUUUUGUAUGUUUGAAUUUUAUUUAUCCUGAAAUUAAAACCAUUUAAAAACUCA